AAUGAAUGGCCAAAUAUGAAAUAUAAUCAAAAGAAUUUAGACGAUUCAGAUAUUAUACCAAUAUUACGUGAAAUAUUUCCAAGAAGUACCACUCAAAAAAUUGAGACGACAACGAAAUCAUUUGGUUCAAAUGAUGAUACAACAUUUGUAUAUAGCAAUCAAACUGAUGUAUUCGAUUACGAAACAUAUGAAGAAGUUUCAACUAAUAAAAGUGUUCAAACGACAGAAUAUUCAAUAAAAGACGAAAAACCAAUAAAAUAUAAUAAUUUAACUGAUGUUAUAAUGAAGAUUUAUAACGACGAUGAAGUUAUAAAAGAUUUGGAACGAAACAAUGAUUUAUUAAGACGUGUACACGAUGCUAUUGUUAAAGAUUCGAUGAAUAAUAAUCAAACAUUAUUGAUAAAUCAAUCAAAUACACAAACAAUUUAUCAUACAGUUAUGAUAACAUUGUUGGGUAUCGCGAUUGGUAUAUUUUUAGCAAUUAUUAUAGCAUCUAUUAUAUUAUACAUGACUGACACCUCGCGGAAAGUAGCGAAACAUACACGAGCACGAUUACAGAAUACUGUAAUGAAUAAAAAAGAUUAUGUACCAAAUUCUGUACAUUAUAUACAACGAGAUGAAUUUAUGACGCCAUUACAAGAACGAAUUACAAUUUUCAAUCCAAAAUUUACGGCAGAACCUGAAUCAACCUUUGGAAAUCUAUUAACAACAGAUUGUCGAGAUAAGGUGAAUCGAUUUAUAACGGAUACAUUACGAGUGGUUUAUGACAACACAUACGAUCAUCCACAAUCACCGCCAACAAAUGGACAAUUUGUGGGUAGUACAUUUUUUGCAUCAAAAUCAGAUCAAUCUGCUGAGCAUUUAUACGAUGAAAUACCAGCAUGGAAACAACCUAAACCAAUAGCACAAGCACAAUUACCUCAAUACAGUGAAACAUGUGAAUAUGUGACAAAAAGUGAUGGACCUGAUAUUAUUACCACUAAACUAUAGUUUUAAGUUUUUUUGUAUAUGUAGGUAUUGUUUUUUUCAGGCGUUAUUGUAAGAAUUAGAGAUCGUUUAUUCGUUACUUAAAAAAGGUGGUUCCACUCUCAAGUUCGAUUUCUAUUUGUAUGAUAUGUAAUUACCGCACCACAAAGCGAUUUUGAUACCGAGAAUAUUAUUAUUAGCUAUUUUCUAUGAAAUUUAACCUAUAGAACACGGGAAUUGCAACCAAAUUUUUCUGUCAUAUCUGGUUACUAAGUUAUAACUGUUUCGUUUAUAGGUGGUAUGUUAAUAUGGUACUCCUGUGCAUAAAGUGCUCUCUCCUCUAAGUUGCGAAAACACUUUAUUUGUAUUAUAAAUCCAACAUGGGGAUAACUCAAAGAACUUGGUUAUUACGAAAAACAAGAUCUCAACUCUUUUACUCCUCAACCACACUCUCCUGGAGUAUCCUCGUCAAAGUUAGCCGAAAUGAAACACUAACUAACACACUCUUGUCUUAGUACUUAGCUACCAGCGCCUUUUUAUUUAUUUUCGAGUCCGAGUGCGGCAAUUACAUAUAACCUAUAACCUCUCGAUCUCCUAGCAUUUUUGUAUAUUACCCCUAAUGGCUAAUAUUCAUUAAAUGAAGAGAUCACAUAAAAACCCCCCAAAAAUGUAAAUAAUUUUGUAAUACGCUACAUUUGUCCCAAAGACAGGGUCGGAUUAACGAUCUUUAACUGAUUUUUUUGU